AUGGAUGAGCGCUACUACUCAACACAGGGAAUGCGUCAACAAGGGCCUUCACGGCCACAGUAUAACGUGCUUCAGCCACAGUUCGUGCAAGCACCAAGACCAAUUGCACCGAGAGAGCGUUACCGUGCUGCACAGUAUAAUCACCCUAUGUAUGACACGGUGGAAGACGACGACUAUGGGCAGAGUGCACCGCUUGACUCCUUUGACGAGCGUAUGCUUCAGCAACAUUACGACAACCGGCAGCAUCAGGCGGUACAGGGCCGAGCGCGGCUAUCUUUGGCUCCUGCCUCGUCCAGGUUCCUCGGCGGUGAGGUGAUUGAGAAGGAGCGACCACAGCCGCGAACGCAACGCAUGUACCAAGAGACGUAUGAUGAAAAUGAUCAGCAAGUCUACCCUGAGAAUGCCGUUCAUGGGUCGUUGAGUCGCUUCGCGUACAAUACCAACCAACCUCUCGAGUCGAGUUCUGAUGUCCCACUGUGUGCUUCAUCAAGCCCCGCGUUGAAUGCUGGUAGAAGGCGAGCUGGACAGUAUGAGCUUGCUGCCUCUCAACAAACGUCUCAACUUCAACCCCUCGGAGACAUACCACCUCCGCCUACAGUCGACCGCAGGGGAGACGUCGAAUACCGCCGUGAAGAUGACGAGCUCCUCGCUGGACCGCCACGGCGGGAUGUCGGCCGCCCAUUCCAGCAGGUCACAAAAGCGAAAUCCAAGCCAAAUCCGACCAGUCUAUCACAUGCGCCACCCACUGUGCAAGGUAUCCCUCUCGUGCCUGUCUCCGCUCUUCCAGAUCGCCUUCGGACAGUGUUUCCAUUCCCAACGUUCAAUGCCGUUCAGUCCAAAUGCUUUGACCAGGUGUUCAAAUCGAACAACAACUUUGUCCUAUCAUCGCCCACCGGCAGCGGUAAGACUGCGAUUUUGGAGCUUGCUAUCUGUCGGGCUGUCGCGACGAAUUCUACGGGCCAGUACAAAGUUGUUUAUCAAGCUCCGACCAGGGCGCUAUGUUCUGAGCGACAACGAGAUUGGGACAAGAAGUUCACUCAGAUUGGUCUGAAGUGUGCGGAGCUCACCGGUGACAGCGACGCCUCAGAUCUUCGCAAUGUGCAGAGCGCGAACAUCAUCAUCACCACACCUGAGAAGUGGGACAGCAUGACCAGAAAGUGGAAAGACCACGAGAAGCUCAUGAAGCUUAUCAAACUGUUUCUCAUCGACGAAGUCCAUAUCUUGAACGAAGAUCGCGGCGCUGUCCUCGAGGUUGUAGUGUCACGCAUGAAGUCUAUCGGUACAGAUGUCCGUUUUGUCGCACUUUCAGCAACUAUUCCGAACUUUCAAGACGUGGCGGCUUGGUUGGGCAAGAACUCUGCAGAGGCAUACGUUCCUGCCUCCAAUGAGAGAUUUGGAGAAGAGUUUCGCCCAGUCAAGUUGAGAAAGCAUGUCUGUGGAUACGUCUGCAACAGCAAUGACUUUGUUUUCGAGAAGCAGCUCAAUGCGAAGUUACCCGAGAUCAUCACCAAAUAUUCAGAGCGAAAGCCGAUGAUGAUCUUUUGCGCAACGAGAAAGUCAUGUGUCACUACCGCAAGGCUCAUAGCAAACUGGUGGGGCUCGAGAAAUGGCCGAGACCGUCUUUGGGAUACUCCAUCACAAGCUUUACAUGUCCAGGAGAAGGAACUUCGCGAUCUCGUUGCUUCAGGGGUCGCAUUUCACCACGCUGGCCUCGACUCCGACGAUCGACUGAAGGUAGAGAAAGGCUUCUUGCAAGGAGACAUCAACGUAAUUUGCUGCACUUCAACGUUGGCGGUCGGAGUAAAUCUGCCAUGCCAUCUUGUCAUCAUCAAGAACACCAUGUCGUGGACCCAGGAAGGACUGCAAGAAUAUUCGGACCUUGAGAUGAUGCAGAUGCUUGGUCGCGCUGGACGGCCUCAGUUUGACGAUAGCGCAGUCGCAGUUAUCAUGACACGACAGACCAAAGUUCGGCGCUAUGAAACUCUGGUCACGGGUCAAGAGAUUUUGGAGAGCAAGCUGCACCUCAACCUCAUUGACCACAUGAACGCCGAGAUCGGGCUUGGAACAAUCCGAGACCUGGACUCGGCUAGGAAGUGGCUUACCGGCACGUUUCUCUACGUUCGACUACAGCAAAACUCCGUAUUCUACAAGCUCGAAGGCUCUCGGAGUGGCCAAGAUAUCCUGGAACAAGUGGACGACAUCUGCUUCCGCGAUAUUGCCCUUCUGCGGGAGCAUAAUCUGACCACCUGUGAAGAUAACUUCCGUUGCACCGAGUUCGGUCACGCUAUGGCACGAUACUAUGUUCACUUCGAGACGAUGAAGGGAUUCAUGGGUCUUCAACCCAAAUCAACACUAUCGGAGAUCCUUUCAGCGAUAGCUCAAGCCACUGAAUUUUCGAAGAUUCGCUUUCGUCAGGGUGAAAAGAGUCUUUACAAGACGUUGAACAAGUCACCAUCUAUCCGCUUUCCAAUACCUGUAAACCUUGACUUGCCAGCUCAAAAAGUUUCACUAAUCGUCCAAUCAGUCCUUGGCCACGCGGACAUCUGCUGGGCUGGCGACAUGCAAAAGCACAGACAACAAUAUCACCAAGAGGUCGCUAUGAUAUUCAAGUCCAUUAACAGUCUGAUCAGAUGCAUUAUUGACUGUCAGAUAUGCUUGGGAGAUUCGGUGAGUAUCCACAGUGCAUUGAUGCUGGAGCGCUGUUUAGGUUCCAAAGCUUGGGAUGACAGCCCAUUACAGAUGGUGCAAGUUCCCAACAUCGGCGCUGUUGCCGUUCGAAAGCUUGUGAAUGCUGGCAUUCGAGGCAUCGAGGAUCUCGAAGCUACAGACGCGCGACGCAUCGAGACGAUUGUUGGUAGAAACCCACCCUUCGGUCUCAAAGUCCUGGAUGUCUUGAAGUCGUUCCCCAAACUUCGCAUGUCCCUCCACAUUCAGCCCUCCUCGGUUACGAAGACCCCCGAAGGUGUCAAGAUCCAAGUCAAGGCUGACAUUGGCUUCAUCAACGAGAUGCCUCCGGACAGGUUCGGCAACAAGUUGAUCUAUGUUUGCAUGCUGGCGGAAACUUCUGACGGUCAUAAAGUUCACUUCGUUAGGAUCAAUGGUCCCAAACUCGGUGCAGGCCAGAGCCUAGUGUUUCCGGCGCUGUUGACAAGUCCUGACCAAAAGAUCAAUUGCUAUCUCAUGUGUGAAGGCAUUGCGGGUAGCAUGCGAGACGCGACUGUUGCGCCAAAAAUCGCUCCGUCACUGUUUCCACAGCAGGUUUCAAAGGUAGUGGAGCCUGCACCGACCCACAAGCCAAACAUGUCCAGGCGUCGCAUCGAGAAUGCUCCAAUACAACGGAAGAAAUCGGUUGCUAGCGACGACUUCGGAGAUGCUGACAUUGAUGAUGAUGCUUUAGUCAAAGCUACUUGCGAAGACCUUGACUUUGAGCACAUUGACAACUUUGCGGACCCAACAGAUGCAAUCACUCGCAGCAACACCGCCCAGAACAGACCAGCGAAGGAAAAGGGUCGAGCAAAAACUCCAGCAACUACUCACGAGGAUGAUGACAGUGCUACACCUGUUCAGCUUCCUAACGGCAGGUGGUCAUGCAAUCACAAAUGCAAAGACAAGGAUGCCUGCAAGCACUACUGUUGCAAGCACGGUAUGGACAGACCGCCGAAGAAAGCUGCACCAAGGCGUGUUCCAACAGAUGACCAGCAAGACCUACCACCGACUAAAAUCUCAACGCAGCGAGACAACAAGACGCAGAUCAAGCCACAACUCCAAGCUUCAAAACGAAAGACCUCUGUUACGAUCGAGGAGCUGGAUCUGACUCAACAAGAGAAGAAGAGGAAGACUGAGUACGCCAUCAGCGGACCGCGCGACUAUCGCGACUUGUACAAUUUACACAAGAACGUGCAGAAGAAAGACAUGCCAUAUUCGCUUCACUCAGUCAUGCACAAGAAGCCCGCAUACUGUUAUGGCGAAGGUGGAGAGCACCAGCUAUCAUUCCUCAGUCAGCCAUCUGCUGCGCAACCCAAGACUUCGAGCGAGUACGGCGACCUUCAGCUCGAUGAGUUUGCUCCCGAGUUCACUGCUUUCCAAAACGAACCGGCAUACUCCGAUGAGUUGACUUCACUACACUUCUCAGGCAAAGUACCAGUGACCUCCCGCGGCUCAGAAACUUUCGGUGAUGACGACUCGAUGUUCGGCGAAGCCAUCGUUGGUCUCGCAGACUCUCAAGAUCUGCAACGAGCGAAAGCGAUGGGUACCUCAGGCAUGCGGAAUGGUGAGGCACGAGAUGCUAUAGGCGUUGCAGAAGAGUUCGCCGACAUGGAUUUUCCUGUGGAUAUCGACUUCGCUGCCAAUGGGGAGGUGAGCUCUGACCUGCCAAAGCAGAUGUCAGGCGCAAUGUCACAUCAAGACCGUCACUCAAAGUCACCCAAGACUCGAGCUCCGAUCUUCGAAGCAACAAGCAGUCCCGAGCAGCGUAGACACUUCAAGCCAGCGAAGUCGAUGCUUCGAGAUCAUGAACUACAGCAGGGCAAAUCUGCGCCUCAGCAGUCCGCUUCAGCCUUGGAUGACGAGCCUGAAGAAGAGGACGUAUACAGCGACUUGCUGAACUUGCUCGAUAUGCCGCCGGCCAACGACAAGGAGAACGACGCCAACAAGCAGACUUCUGCCACCUACAAAGCUUUGGCACAGCCUCUUCCGGUCAAGGAAGAAGAGCCGAAGCAGGUCCUAGAAGCUUUCAAGGAUCUCCAACCAUGGCUGCUUCAGGAGUUUGGCGACAUCGUGGAACUUGUGGACGAAUGACCAGAUCAUCUUUACAGUAUUCGUGAUGGCAUGCUAGGAAUAGG